AUGGUUUCAGCUCCAGAAUUAAAGAAGUACAUGGAUAAAAGAGUUCUAAUACAGUUGAAUGGUUCAAGAAAAGUUACAGGGAACUUGAGAGGUUAUGAUAUAUUUUUAAACAUUGUGCUUGAGGAGACAGUUGAUGAAACAAAAGAUAAAAUACAAAUAGGAUCAUGUGUGCUUAGAGGUAAUUCGAUUCUAAGUAUUGAGAGUUUAGAAAACAUAUAA